ACAAUGGACUUUAACCUUUCAACUUUCUACAACGCCUUUGAUGUCGAAAAUGACUACUCAUUUGAAACUCUGGGGUUCGAAUCAAAACUCACUUCUGUGACCACCUCUUUGGCGCAUUCGUCAGAGACCAUAUGUACCAACCCGGAACUUCUUGAAGACCUAAUAGAAAUGGCACAUGGCUAUCUCCACUUAUCUAACCCACAUAGACGUCAGCUCUUGUACUUGAUCUGUUCGUCUUUCGUCUCUGCCAGUCAUCAAGGAAAGAAUCUUCUAGAGCAAGCUGAUUUCACAGACAGCGUGGACCAGCUCAAAGCCGAGUUAGAGAGAUAUGGUUAUUUGGUUUUCGUUUUAAUCAGUUUCCUCGGUAAGGAAGACUUUCCCAGCAGUACUGGCUCUCUUAAGCAAAGACAAACACUGGAAAAAUGGAUUUCCAACUGCCAACAAGUUGAAGACAUCUUGGAAGCUAUUACACCUGUUUUACAAAUACCGCUAUCCAAGAUUUUUGUGACCACACCCGAGAGAUCCCAAUUUCUUGAGAUGUUCAUGCGACCCAUUUUUCAUCUAAUGGAGCACCCUGACCGCAUGAAGGUUGCAUCAAUCAAAAUCUUAAUGUUCAAAAACAUAAGCAUGGCCGUGGUGAACCAUUCGUUGAGUUCUGUAAUUCAAAACUCUAUUUUACAGUCAUUGAAUUAUUACGUCCACUUGUCAACCUAUAUGGCUGAGCUCUUGCAUUUUCUCAACACUAAAUUUGAGCAUAUGGCUCUCACAGAAGAUUUAUUGAGAGAAAUCAGUCUGCUUGAGUUCAAUUCGAAUGACUCUAACGGGCCCAAAUCGAUAUCUGAGUUCCUCAUCAAACUCUCCGAAUUAAGCCCGCGAUUGAUUCUCAAACAAAUGUCCUCUACUUCUCAGUUGCUCGACAACAGCAAUCAGUCACUCAGAUGCUCUGUUGUGGAGACAUGUGGCAACAUUGUUGUUGAUAUACUAAAGUCAGAAACAGAAGCUUUAGAGACAACUGAUGAUCUCUCGGCAAACAGUGCCCUGCAGAUCAAUGGGCUUUUAAAUUUGCUUGAAGAAAGAUUCCUCGAUCAGAAUCCCUAUGUUAGAACGAAGGCAAUCCAAGCCAUGCGUAAAGUUUGUUCAUUGCCGAUAAAGAUUCCGAAAAGAAGACAUUCUGUUAUGUUAAUUGCCGUCCGGUCAUUGGGAGACAAAAGUACCUUGGUUCGUCGAAAUGCAAUAAAAUUGAUGUAUAAAUUACUUCUGUCUCAUCCAUUCUCGGCAGUUCAUGGCACUCAAUUGGAUUAUGAUGUUUGGGAAACAAGACUCAAGGAUUCAGAAUUAGAGCUUCAGAAGCUCAUACCACACCUUUCUGGGAAACAAAAGCCAAGUGAAGAACUGGAGAAACCGCUUGAUGACUUAGGCUCAGAUUCCGGUUCAGAGAUCGAUCCAGAAGAGUUCAACAACUCCAUCAGAGAGGAAGCAGAUCUGCUUCCUGAACCAGCCGUGAUAAUCAAAGCUAAACUUACUGUUCAAUACUAUGAAGAUGCUUUGGAAUUUAUCCGAGCUGUACAAAAUGGAACAUCGAUUGCUUCAAAUUUACUUUUUUCAAGGAAUCGAAACGAGGUCUUAGAAUCAAUGGACUUCUUAGUUCUUGCUGAUGCAUAUGGCGUGAAAAAUGCACCCCAAGGAAUCCGCAGAAUGCUACAUCUUGUAUGGAUGAAAGGUUCAUCAGAUGAGGGCAAAUCAAUUUCAUCACAUCUUGUUGACUGUUAUAAAGAGCUUUUUUUAACGGCACCACAGAAUGCUACUGCAUCUCAAACUGCAGUUCUUUUUGCUAAAAAUUUGAUCAGUUUAACCGUUUCUGCCUCUGUUGCAGAUUUGGCGUCCUUGGAAAAGCUUUUGUGCCUCAUGUACGCCGCAAAAUUAAUCAAUCCUGAGAUCGUGAAAGUAUUAUGGCUCAUCUACAGUAAAGCCGGCAAAAAUGACGAAGAUUACCCUCAAGAGCUCACACACGGAUCAAUUCAAAUUCUUGGAAUGUUAGCGGCAGCAAACUCCAAAAUUGUUCAAAUGGGCAUGGAGUCACUCAUUCGUGUAGGUUUGGGUGAGAUUGGAAAAAACGAUAUGCUUCUUUGUAAGUAUACUUGUGCAACUAUUCUGAAGAUUAUCUCUCUGAAACAAAAGCUAGGUGAAACAUGUGACUUUCCCGAAGAAGAAGAAGUUCUUAACGGCUUAGCUGAGGUCUUAUUACUCUUUACAGAGAAAACAGAAUGGUAUGGGGUUGCAGAGCAAUCAUUGACCGCAAUCUUCAAGAUUUCGCCUAACCCUGAGGAGGUAUGCUCUGCAGCACUUAACUCAAAAGCCAAACAAGUAUUCCAAGACCUUUCGCCUGGUAUGCCGCAGACGAUUGCUCUUUCGCAAUUACUCUUUCUCGUGGGACAUGUGGCAAUUAAAACCAUCGAGCAUCUCGAAAAACUUGAAACACAAUUCAAAAAAUUGAAACAUGAAUCAGAAGGAAAGAAGACGGGGGACAAUGAAGAAGAAAAUAAAAAUGAACUAGAAAUGAUUGGGGCUUCGUCAGAAGAUGACUUUACUGAUGCUGUUUCUUUUAUCAAGGAGGCAGAGCUACUUUAUGAUGACCGAUCAAUUUUGAAACGGUUUGGCUUGCUAGCACAAGAAAUUUGUUCUAACAAUCAAGCGUAUCCUGACGAGGGCCUUCAAAGAUCGGCCGUUCUUUGUUUGGCAAAGCUCAUGUGCGUGUCCUCAAAAUUCUGCGAGGAGAACUUGCCGCUUCUCAUCACAAUCAUGGAGAAGUCCCCCGAUCCAAUCAUUAGGUCGAACUGUGUCUUGGGUCUUGGAGAUAUGGCAGUUUGCUUCAAUAAUCUUGUAGACGAAAACACCGAUUUUCUCUACGGUCGUCUUACGGAUGAGAACAUAAUGGUACAGAGAACAUGCCUCAUGACCGUUACAUUUUUGAUUUUGGCGGGUCAGGUAAAAGUUAAAGGCCAACUUUCUUCUAUGGCUAAAUGCCUAGAGAAUCCAGAUCAGGGUAUUAGUGAUAUGUGCAAGCUUUUCUUUACGGAAUUGGCCACGAAAGACAAUGCCAUUUAUAAUGGUUUUAUUGACAUUUUUAGUGGCCUCUCGAAUGACCUAACGCUUGAAAAGGAGCCCAUGAAAAGGAUCAUCAAAUUCUUGGUUGGAUUUAUUGAGAAAGAGAGACACCAAAAGCAAUUAGCCGACAAGCUUCUUGUGAGAUUGACUAAGUGCCAGUCUGAAACUGAAUGGAACGACGUUGCCUACGUUUUGACUACCAUACCUUUCAAGAAUGAAAGUAUUACCCAAGCCUUAGAAGAAGGUUUCAAGCUAGUUCUGAGUAGAAGUUAAUUCCGAGGAAGUAUUUGAGUCAUUCGUAAAAAAUCAAUAUAAGAAUAAAUACGGAAAAAUUCUCUAG